AUGCCUGAUCCGGAAGAUCCCACACGCCGCAGAGCAGCGGAGCCGGUACCCGCAGCUGCGGAGCCCGCGCCCGGAGCCUGGGACUGCACUUGCCAAGACUUUGCGCUGCAACCGCUUAAGCCCAGGAGCCCGGGAGCCUGCGCUCCGCAGCCAGAGGAGCGGACGCGCCACAGCCGGGGAGGGGCCCGCUCUCCGCUGCGAGAGGAAAAGCCGCGCACCGACGAAGACCAGCACCGCGAAAACGAAAUAGAUAAAAAGUUUUAA